AUGUACGCCUAUGUUUUCUGUUGUAUUGCUUUCCCAGUGCUUGAUGGAAUCCAAUGCUCCAAAACAACGUACGGAAACACCCUACACCGCUUUACAGUGUUUUGGGACGGUGGACAGAUUCUUUCUUGCAAAAAUAUUCGUAUAAAGAGUAUUAUUACUAUUUCCCCCCGAGUGCCCCUGUGGAACUGUGUGUGA